AGCCAAUUCUGUACUAGCUGUUGUUUUGUUUAUUGUGGUGUUCGUGAUGUCCACCGAAGGUGUCGCUGUCGACCAACCGGCGCAGGAAGUGGUUGUGACGGAGCAGGCGGUAGCUCCGGAGAUGCCAGCCCCGGAGAAGAAGCCAAAGGCUCGUAAGGAGAAGAAGCCCAAACAGGCCAGAGCUUCUUCUCAUCCUCCUUACUUCCAGAUGAUCAAGGAGGCUCUUUUGGCUCUGGACGAGAAAAGUGGCUCCAGUCCGUACGCUAUUGCCAAGCACAUGGAAGAGAAGCACAAGGCAGUCCUCCCGGCGAAUUUUAGGAAAAUCCUGAGUCUUCAGUUGAAGAACUCCGUAGCGAAGGGGAAUCUCAUCAAGAUCAGGGCUUCCUACAAGCUUUCCGGAGUAAGAAAAGGAACGGCAAAGUCCGAUGGAGCGAAGAGAGCGAAGGCCACCUCUGAUCCUAAGAAAAAGUCGGUGAAGAAAUCAGAGACUCCAAAGAAAGUUGCGGCCAACAAGGCUAGGAAAACCGUGCCAUCAAAGGUGAAGCAGCCCAGGUCCAUUAGAUCUUCUGCUAAGAAGGCUAAGAAGGUCACAACCUGAACAUGAGAGACCAAUAAAUAAGGAGCUCUUUUAUUGGUUUUAACUUUUAUGUAAAUACGUGAAGCGUGUGUUUUGUUUUGUAAUUCGGCAGAAUGAUGAACAUCUCUGUGUAUUCUGCAAUGUUAGGGGAAAUGAAGAGUCUGCUUUUCAUGUUAGCAAACCAA